AUGAAACAAGAAAAUGAAGGCGAAUUUAAGGAUCAUCAUUGUAACCUUUUGAGCCUUUGGAUAUAUGAACAGUUGGAUAGAAUAUUUAAAGAUAAUCAUAGUAAAGUUUCUCAAUUUUAUGCUAAUUUUCUUUUCAUAUUAAGCAAAGUUUUUACAAAUUCCGAUGAAUCACAAAUCAUUAAAUGCCUGCGUGAUUUUAGUGUAUUUUUUCCAUUAAAUAACUGGAAAAUUCAUAAGGAUCUUUAUGAAUAUUGUGUCGAUUAUGAUAAAAUUAUUGUAUUAGCUGAUUCUAGUGAUGAAAAAUGCACAAAAUAUGAAGAAUACAUCCAAGAAAAAACUCUAGUAUAUAAUGAAUUUCAAAGAUUAUAUAAAGGAGCAUAUAAUAAAGAUGAUGUUUUUUAUGAAAAAUGUAAACGUUACUACACGAUAAAAACGAUACCUGAAUUAAAAUGUGAAGAAAAAACAUUAGCACAAGGAAUGUCAAAAGCGGAUUUACAUUGUCCUGGUUUAUUAGAUC